AUGACGGCGACGGCUGCUCACGAGUCGGAUCCUCUGUUCCAGCGCAGUGACGCCCUCUCGUCCACAACGUCCAACUCCACCGCCCCACGAUGUUACGGCGGAUUCGAGCAGCAGAAACGCGCGUGGGUGUCCACAGCGCAGCGGUCGCGGCGGAUUCGCGGGAUUGCGGGACUGCAGCUGCUCUUGGGGCUAAUGGCGUCCGGCAACUACUUGUGGCUGUCAAAUAUCUUGAUGGUUGUAGUCGGAGGUGUUGGGCUCGUGGCGGCACGAUCGGAGCGCACGAGCUGGACCAUUGUGUACUUGUUGCUGAGUGUGAUGGAGUUUGCACGGAUUGUGUUGCUCACGCCGCAUUUGCACGAGCGGUUUGAAGUGCCUGGAAGCGCUUUUUCGCGCUACGAGAUGUUUCAAAUUGUCGUGCUCGUGCUGGAAGAAGCGCUGUUUGUGCCAGCAGCGUUCUAUGUGUGCAUUGUUGCCGCUGCAGCAGGUGCCAAUCCUUGGGGUUAA